AUGGCUUCUAAUUCAAACUGUGGUGCUCUUACAACACGCAGCAUGACUAACAUAUGGCUGAUUGGACAGUUACAAAGUGAACUUCCAGUAAAUGUAUUGCCUACAACAGGUGAUGUCCUGAGAAUGUUUUUUUAUUAUCAUCAAGUAGAAAAGAAAAUUGUGCCUGAAAGUGCAAAACUGUCGUCAGAUAAGGUCAUGGACAUGUGGAACAAGGCUAGAAUACCAACAACCUAUCAUACUCAUGUUGUAGAAAAAGUAAAGUCGGUAGUUGAUGACUACAAGCUAAUAAAAAAGAACAAAAACAGACAAAGUGAAGCACAACGAGCACGAGAGAAGGAAUUUGAAGAAAAGGAGCACAUGCUGUUUGAUAUUGCUCACCAACACGCCAUGCAGCUCAUCCGAAUUCAGGAAGAUAUAGAAUUUCUUGAAGACCAGAGGGGCAGUCGACGAAUGCAAAUGAGUGACAUUGAUAAAGACCUGACUAAGAAAGAAGAGCGCACAGAACAACGUAAAUGCAAAGAAGAAGAGAGAAAAGAGCGAGAGCAGGAGCGGAUGACAGAAAGUACCUCACUACAUUUAUCUAGUUCUGAUGACAGUGAUAGUGAACAGCAGGACACAGAGGACAACUAUGAAAUUGAAAUUCCAGUGUACUACAAAAAGCAGAUCAAUGAAGUAGAAGACAGUCUGUCAAGCAGUGCCAGCAAAAAAACACGAACUGUGCAGGAUAUGUUGUCGUCGCCAGAUGUUGCUUCAGCACUGGAUAGAAUAAACCUGUCAGAUAGAAAGUUCACAGUAUUAGCAGCAGCCAUUGCACAAGCUAGUGGGCAAGACAUCAAGGAUACAUCUCUGUCACGUUCCACAGUUCAUCGUAAACGACAGCAACAUCGAUCAACCAUUGACAGCAGUAUUCAUCAACAAUUUCAGGAUCGUGACAGAAACCCCCUUCUGGUUCACUGGGAUGGGAAGAUCAUGAAUGAUGAUCCACACUCCAGAACUGAUAGACUGGCUGUUGUUGUGACUGGCUGUAAUGUGGAGAAAAUCUUAGGAAUUGUUAAAAUUGCAUCAAACACGGGACAAGCACAGGCCAAUGCAACUUUUCAGUUGCUCAAAUUAUGGGACGUUAGUGAAGACAUUAUAGGCAUGUGCUUUGAUACUACUUCUGCCAAUACUGGGACGUCAAGUGGAGCAUGUGUUUUGCUGGAGAAACUGCUCCAUAUAAAUCUCUUGCACUUUGCUUGUCGUCAUCAUGUACAUGAAUUGAUAAUCGGUGAAGUUUUCACAGUUCUGUUUGGUCCAAGCCGUGGCCUCAACAUUGGAAUGUUUGAAAGAUUUCGAGCCUACUGGCCAAAUAUAAAUCAGUCAAACCACAAGCCACUUGAUGAUGACAGGAUGAACCACUCAUUGCUACAGAUGAUGCGGUCUGACAUAGUACCAUGUUUGACAUGUUUUCUUUCAGCUGACAGCUCAUACAUCCCACGAGAGGAUUACAAGGAGUUGGUUGAACUUUGUCUCUUAGUGCUGAGUUAUCCAAUGCAGACUGAUGGCAAGUACCAUUUCCGUGUUCCUGGAGCAUAUCACAUGGCCAGAUGGAUGGCCAAAGUGAUCUACUGUCUCAAAAUGUAUUUGUUCCGCAAUGAAUUCAAGCUAACAGCAACUGAAACAAAAAGUUUAACUGAAUUCUGCCUAUUUGCAACCCAUAAAUAUGUGCCAGCAUGGAUGUUGUGCCCAAUACCCAGUGAUGCACCAGUCAAUGACCUGCAACUUCUGAGCAGAAUUGAACAAUACUCUGAAAUCAACAAGAAUGUAGCAAGUGCUGCCACAAAAAAGUUGAAGAAUCAUCUGUGGUAUCUCGGUACAGAAAUGGUUUGGCUGUCAUUGUUCUCAAAUAAGGUUGCAAAUGCUGAGAAGCAGUUGAUUGUGGAAGCAAUGACUGCAGUAGAUUCUGACUGGAGUGUGCGAGGUGUCAAAUAUCCUGCAACUGAACUGGAACAGGUGAAAAGCAAACCACGGCAUGAUCUGGUAUCAGGUACAUCUCGUGCUGCAUUGUUAUCACUUGGAAUGGAUGUUGCUAUCUUGCGUGAAACUGAACCAGACUCAUGUAAUGAUUUUCCUUUAUUUCAAAAAGUAGCAAAUGUUGUGAAGUCACUUAAGGUCGUUAAUGACACUGCAGAACGCACUGUGGCACUCAUGACAAAUUUUAACCAGUCUAUAACCAAAAAUGAAACAGAACUGCAAAAACUGAUACAGGUGGUGGAGGACAAUCGAACACGUAUUCCGGACUCCUCUAAGCGCACAUUAGCCAGUGCUCAAGCAGCUGCUGCUAUGUUUUGA